AUGGGUCUCUCACUAGCUCUUGCGACAUGGGCAUCACUUCUAGCCGUUGCCAGUGCGCAAUCUAAAUGCAGCUUGCCCGCAGGUGAUAUUUGCGCCUAUGAGAACGCCACCACCUACGCGGCAGUCAAUGCGCCCAAUUGCACCACUAGUGGGCUGCAGGCCUUUGUAAACAAGCUUCCAGGGCUCAAUGGAACGACAUUGAGUGUUCCGUACGCUUUUUACGUUGACAGCAAUGAAACUCUGGAUGAGUUCACUGACUAUGUUGGCGCUUCGACGUUUACCACCGAUAUUCCAUCUGUAUGUGCGUUCCGAGUCAACGGAACCAAUGAACAGGGCGUGUCUUGGGGCUUGGGAGCACUUCUUCCUACCCACUUCAAUGGCAGUAUCAUGAUGGCAGCCCCCGACUCCGGAAUUUCCUGGGGCGUAGCAAGUGCAGGUCUGCGCUACGCCUUCGCCACAUUCGCCUCUAAUUCCGGCCACGACGAGCCAGACCACGUUUCAGGCUGGGAGACUCCCAAUGGCAAUUACAAAGCCUGGUACGACGUGGAACCCAAAUACAGCUACAUAACCGGAUGCUCCGACGGAGGUCGACAUGUCAUGAAGUCCAUCCAGACAUACCCAGAAGACUAUGAUGGUGCUAUGGCGGGUGCCCCAACCUGGUGGAUGACACACCAGGCAUUCUACAACUACAAGCAGACAACUAUCGGCGGUCUAGCCCAUUCGAACUCCUCAAUCCCACCCAAAUUAUACCCAACAAGGCUCACGGACUCCAUCAUCUCAAACCCACAAGGCUGCUUCUUCCACCCCGAAGCCCUAGCCUGCAGCAGUAACAAGACAUCCAAUUGCCUUACUGCACCACAACUAGAUACCCUCCACAAGAUCUACAACGACUGGACCACCUUCGACCAAGACCUCAUCUACCCCGGCGCAUGGUUCGGCAGCGAACCCACCUGGAACACUACCUUCGGCAACCAGCACUCCAAAUCAUGGUACAUCGAAAACGUCCUCGGCUUCAAAAACCUCACAGCCCAGGACCUGGCAUACGAACUCAUCUCCGAGGCAGACGCGCGUAAUCCCGCCCACGCAAACGCAGACGACUUCGACCUGUCUCCUUUCUUUAACCGAGGCGGGAAAUUCUUCCACUGGCACGGCAUGUCGGACUCGGUCGUCUCACCUGGUUCCAGCGUGUACUAUCACCACAAAGCCACGUACGCUGCCUUAGAGAAGGGCAUCGACAUUGACCAACAUUAUCAGCUUUACUUGAUUCCGGGAUUAAAACACUGCACCGGCACCCCCACCUGCAUGUCCGCCCUAUGGUACCUAGCGGGCCCAUACCAAGCCGGGAACUUUUUCAACUUCACCCCCGCCAACGUCGUCGACAACUACGUCCAUGACUCUCUCCUCACGCUUAUUAGCUGGGUAGAGGAUGGUCAUGGGCCGUCGUAUAUGGUUACCACGAAUUUUGAGGAUAAUGCGGAUCCGACGACGCUGCUUCAUAAUCGGAAGAUUUGCCCGUACCCGAGACAGGCGAAUUGGACGCAGACUGGGGUGUCCACACAUGAGGAUUAUUGGGAUUGUGUUGAUGUGUAAAUGGGGAUAGAUAUAUUAUUUGUGGUUUUUGAUCCGGUUUAGGACUUUGUGUGGUAUCGGUAUAGACGGGAUGUUGCUGCUAUAGUUAAGAGACUUUGAUAUAGAUACACUACUAGCCGUGGCAGAAUAG